UCUGGAGAGUGGUCCAAAAGUAAAUGAAGGAGGAAAACAAUGGCAGUACAAGGAUCCAAUUGGGAAGAUUCAAGGUCCUUUUUUAAUGACACGGUUGCAUAAAUGGAACCAUAGUAAUAUCUUUCUUGCGGAUAUGAGAAUAUGGAGAGAGUGAGAAGGAGAUGGAAAAGAGUAACAAUAAAAAUAAAGGCAAAAUAAAUACAACGACAACAUAAUUUUGGCGUCUCAAGUAAUCUUUUUGGUGUAGAUGUCAUCUUCGGGAAUGGGAAUAGUAGGUAUUGUUUUAAUUCCCUAAUGUAAGUGUCUGACUAGAUCCUACAAUUUGGUCCUUUGUACUGGUUACCCAGAAGUCAUCUCCAAGCAAUCACAACGCAUCAUGACAUUGUACCCCAAGUUUUUUCUUGUAAAUACCUAGGACGUUUAGCGGAACUUCUAAAGGGAGUAAAUGGAAAUUUCCAAAAUCACCCAUGCAUCAAUAACCAGUAUGUGUUCUCAAGCGUACAGUUUCUAACGCCAUAGUGCUCAGCGGGCUUAGUGGUGGUGGGAAACUGUUCUUUUUUACAAGCUGCGUGAUGGAUCUUCCCACCAAGGUACUGUCACGUCAAUGGAACCCCAUGAGGGCCUUUUUGUAUUGAACUCGGAGACCUCCAAGAAAGGUAAAACAAAGGCGGUUCAUCUUGUUGAUGUUCCUGGUCACUCCCGUCUUCACCCUAAACUGGAUGAAUACUUGCCUCGAGUGGCUGGCAUGAUAUUUGUUGUGGACGCAGUGGAAUUUUUGCCCAACUGUCGUGCUGCUUCAGAGUAUCUCUACUACAUUUUGACCAAAGCUAGUGUUGUGAAGAGGAAAAUUCCACUUCUUAUCCUUUGCAACAAGGUGGAUAAGCAGUGUACUUUUGAUCGUGCCUUGAUUAUUAUUCUUUCUUCCAUGAGUAUCAUUCAGCAAAUGGAAUCAUCCAAAUGAAUUUUCGGGCCUUGAUUAUUAUUCUUUCUUCUCGUGUAUGAGUUUGCGAAUGAACAGUUUAAGGAGAGCUGUAUCAGAUGCAGAUAUAUCCAACGAGUUCACACGAAGAAGCAUUUUCAUUUUCUCAGUGCAUAAACAAUGUGAUAUUUGUCAUACAUCUGCUGGAUUAACUGGAAAAAUACUACCAUUAGAGCAGUUCUUGAGGGAAUGCAUGGAGCCUUUCAUAUCUAGUCUUUAUAAUGCACAGUUUUAUAUGAUGUGUUGGAAAACUGUGCGUCUGUGCCGUGUGUUGUUCAUCAGAAUUUGACCAACUGAAGUCUGGAUACAGUAGCAAAAUUUGGAUUCAGAAAGAGAUAAUUUCCUUUUUUUUAACUAGCAGUAGAUGUUAUUGGAAAACAUGUUCAUAUUUUAAACCAGUUUUAAACUUUCGUGUGCUCUUCCUCUUGACGUGUUGUAAAUAAAUGGUUAUCUUGUAUA